CCAGGGCAACCUGAGGCCUGGCCGCUGCCUGCUGCUCACACCAACCUGGAAGCCCGGAGGGAAGCAGAAAGGCUGCGGCCCGGCCUGCGUGGGGCACCCCCAGCUCCUUCCCCUCUGCGGGGGCAGAGGCUCAGUCUUUUCCCCGGGGGGGGCGGGGAAGAUGUGCUGAGCUCCUCCCACCUGUGCUGGCAGCAGGAGAUAAACAGCAGGACAUGGAGCAGGCACAUGAGACACUGCACUAGAAGCCCAUUUGCUAUUAAAGACCAAUGGAGAUGGAUGAAAGUGUGACUAGUAAAAGAAAAUGUCCAUAAGAGGAGAGGGCGAUGGAUAUGAAAAGAAGGCAAAACUACGGUGGAUAGAAAAGAAAAGGCUACAUGCUGAGGAAGCAACACUUUUGUUCCCCGUUGUUAAAUCUGCUGUGUAAGAGGAGAGAACCCUGGGAGGCCAUAUCGAAAUGGAACUAAACUGGAACCUUGGCAGAGUCCUCCGUCCAGGCUCAGCCACAGUCCGGGUGACUGAUUUGAGGUGGCAAGGUCUCCUGAAUCCUAGCCCAGUGGUUAAAGAUGAUGGAGAGCUACUUAUGGAUGAAUACCUUUCCCCCAGUAAACUGGUGCUUAUCUCCCUAAUCUAAGACAACUGAAAUUGAACAACAGUUUACUUGUAUCUGUGAGGGACCUUGGAAGCACAUUGUCUCAUCUCCAAGUAUUGUGGAUGGCUCGCUGUGGGCUCACAGAUUUAGAUGGAAUCUCUUCCUGUAGCUCUUUGAAGGAACUCUAUAUAGCCUAUAACAAUAUUUCUGACCUGAGCCAAGUGAGCUUGCUGGAUCAUCUUGAGAUUCUGGACCUGGAAGGAAACAAUAUUGAGGACAUCAACCAGAUUCAGUACCUGGGACUCUGCAGCAAACUGAACAGUCUCACAGUGGAGGGGAAUCUUAUUUGCCUGAAGCCAAACCCAGAGUCUUCAGAGGUGCCAGAUUAUAACUACAGAGCUGAAGUGAAAAAACUCAUCCCUCACUUAAAGUAUUUGGAUGAAAUACUAGCAAAUCAAAUCACCAUCCCUCCCUCCAGGAAGAUGAACAAGGACUGGCUAAUUGUCAAGGAGUCCAUUAAGGAGGGCAGUUUAGCCAAAGACAUUUCUCGGUUUGAUGCUCAUCCAGAGGCAACAACAAGAAGACCUGGCUCUGCUCUGAGACCUACUACAGCUCGCUUCAUGUCACCUUCCAGACCCGGGACUGCACAGAGGCCUGCUAGUGCAGGGAGAUCUAGCAAUGUCCAUUUGCUAUCCUGUGGUAGCACCCUUCCAGACUCCACUGUCUCUGAUGAGAUAUUCCUAGAAGAUGACUCCAGUGACUUGACACAUGGAAUCAGCCGAGUUAUAUGUGGGAACCCUAUCAAAGCCCUUCAUGCACGGAGACAAAAGCUAGGUUCUGUAGCAAUGAACCCUUUCCAAAUGCCUGGUCCCAAGAUGGAGCACACCUAUGACUCUGAAGAAGCUGAAGAUCUAAGCCGGGAAGAUGUCUUUACUGAACUGAGGGCAUGGAGAGAGCAUCAUAACCAGUGUCUGCAAAUCAUUCAGAUGGAGAAGGCCCCCCAGGUGCUGAAGAUACACAGUGAUGAGGAGGAAGAUGAAGAAUGCCUGAGUGACAGCUGUGAGGAUGAGCUAAGAGAUACUUAUGACAAGGACCUAAUUGAAAGGAUUUCACCAGAUUCCUCCUGCCAGUCCCGUCUUUCCCAGUCCUCCUCAGAUUCAUCACAUGCCCAAGAAAGUGUGUUGCCCGCUAGUCUGAAUCGUUCUCUGGUACCUUCUCCUCCAAAGUGCCCCUCACCUGCAUCCAUGCAGGGUGCUGCAGCUAGACCCUCAAAAGUGAGAGACAUCAGGGUCAGACGUCUGAAAGUGCCCAACCAGAAAGAAGCAGCUCAACUGAAGGAAUAUCCCCAAUCAAGAGUUAGCACAGAAAUCGCAGCCCAGCUUGUGGGUGAAGAGAUUGCUCUUCUGACUCUGCACAGCACACCUGCUGCACGUGAGGCCUCGCCAUUGAGAGCUGAAGGGAGGUAUUGGACCAGCGAGAGUGUUGGAAGGCAAACCAGGAGGCCUAUUUCAGGACCAGCAGCUGUUGGAUCAACAAGUGUCAGAGCCACUGUGGAUAGGAGUCCCCCCAAAGUGAUCAACCAUCACCAGCCAGUUGUCUGCUCAUCCACAAAAACCCCAGAGAGGUUUGCGCUGAGGAAUGUGGUCCAUCCUCUGACUGCCAAGGCUGCCCUGCAGAGGUUGCCAAGCAGGCCCAGUGUCUCAACAGCUACUCAGAGCAAGACGCCAAAGUCAUAGAAAAUACCCCAAGUAGCCGUGUAUGUUGGAGCCGAGUCGGACAAGCCCACAGUGCUCAGUUGGAGUUUGUGUUCCCCACACUUAGCACCAGCAGCGCUGAUGCUGUGUUCUGACUUCUUAUGAGAGCUGAAUACGUUGACAGAGCUGCACAAGCAGAGCUGUUUGAACUAACAGCUUGAUUGGUCUCAGUUAAAGCUACAGCUGGCCAGAAAUGCUUGUUUGAAAAAGCACCUUCUAAUCAACACAACAGUUGAUCAACCUCUUAUUAAAUAAAAAGCAGCUAUUUGUAUGGUC